AUGUCAAUGCGUGCUCUUAUCACUUCGAACGAUCACAAAGCCGUGCUCAAGGAUGUUACUCGUCCAGCACCCAAAGCUGGCACGAGCGAGGUCUUGGUCAAGGUCAAGAGUUUGGCACAGAACCCGACCGACUGGAAGGGUCUUAACAUGAGCCCAGAGGGCCGUAUCAUUGGAUGUGACUUUUCAGGUACCGUGGAGGAGAUUGCUGAAGGUGCAACGGGUGCUGCUGCCAAGUUGGAGAAGGGACAGCGUGUUGCUGGGUUUGUUCACGGCCUGCGCGAUGAACCAUUGCGAGGUGCCUUUGCCGAGUACGUCUUGACGGAAGCGGAGCAGCUGUACCAUGUGCCAAAGAACACCUCAGACGAGGAAGCUGCUGCAACGUCCUUGGCCUUUGCUACUGCGGUGCAAGCCAUCAACCAACGACUCGGCGUCCCAGAUUACACCCAGCCCGCCAAGACCCCUCAGCCAAUUCUAAUUUAUGGCGGCUCGUCUAGCGUGGGCAAGUACGCCAUUCAGCUCGCCAAAGCAGGUGGAUACACUGUGCUAGCAACUGCCUCCAAGAAGAACCACGGCUUGCUCAAGGAAUUGGGCGCAGACGAGGUUUUCGAUUAUGCAGAUGCCUCGUGGCCUGAGAAGGCUGCAGAAGCCGCCAAAGGACAGUUGAAGCUUGCACUUGACUGCAUCUCAGAGGGAGAGACGACACUCAAUGUUGCCAAGGCUCUCUCCUCUGAGGGCGGUAAAAUUACGACGCUCUUGCCACCGCAGAAGAAGGACGAAAUUGCAAAGCUCAACAGCAAGAUCACUGCCGACAUGACUCUCAUUUACACGGUCUUCGGACGAUCCUUCAGUUAUGGGCCUUUCGAAUUCCAUGCAAGCGAGGAAGACAAGGCGUUCUGGGUCAAGACACUCGAGGCCCUUCCAGAGAUGCUCGAGAAGGGUGUCAUCAAGCCAAACAAGGUCACAUUGCUCGACGGUGGUCUUGAUGGUAUUCUGGCCGGAUUCAAACGACAGCAGGAGGGCGGCGUCUCCGCCGAGAAGCUUUGCUACAGGUUGGCCUGA